AUGCAAACCGCCAAUCCAGACUUCUACUUUCAAUCCGACGCGGCCAACGCUAAUCGUGCGCGCAAGGCGGCCAAGUCUGGAAACAAAAAUGGCAGUCCUAUAUUUAUGAAGUCAAAGAUCCUGGCAGCCGUCCCAGAUCCUGGUGACCCUAAUGGCUCGAUAUUCAUCGCCGAGUCUGCAGGUUUUUGCAGACGCAUCAAUCUAGAAACUACUAAAACUAAAACGACGUACAGAGGCCCCAAAGCCCCGGUGACGUGUCUGGCCAUUGGCGGUCUCAAUAACAAGACGCUGUAUGCCGGCUGCUGGGACAAGAACAUUUGGUCAUGGGAUCUCGAUACGGCGCAGCCGCAACGCAAGUUGAGCGGCCACAGCGACUUUGUCAAGACUGUCAUUUGCGCCACUUUAUCAGGCAAGCCCGUCGUUAUCAGCGGCGGCGCCGACAAGAAGAUCAUGGUCUGGGACGCCGAGAGCGGUCGCCGGAUACACACGUUGCAGGACCCCGCCACGACCAUGCUCGCAGUGCAGCAUCUCGCCGUCGACCCCGUCCUCAGCACUCCCGAUGCUCUGGUUCUCGUCAGCGCCAGCAGCGACCCCAGCAUCCGCCGGUGGCGCAUCACGCUGACCGGCACCGAGCAGCUCGUCGAGGCGUACCACGGCCGUCCCGACGCCGAGCGGCUGACGGUGCAGGAGCACGAGACGAGCGUCUACCGGCUCGUAUUUGACACGGCCGGCGACGAUGACGUCGACCUGUGGACGGCGAGCGCCGACGGGACGGCCAAGUGUCUGGCGCGCGUGCGGGGCUUCGAGACGGAGGAUUCGCUCGCGCACGGCGAUUACGUGCGCGCCGUCGUCGUGACGAGCCGCUGGGCUGUGACGGCCGGCCGCGACGAGGACGUCAAGGUCUGGGACCGCACGUCGGGCGCGCUGCACGCCACCCUCGAGGGUCACUUUGACGAGAUUACCGACCUGGUGCUUCUGGGCGCGCCUCCCACACGCGUGUGUAGCGUGGGCAUUGAUGGCACGAUUCGCACGUGGCCACUGAUACAGGCGGAGCUUGCCGAGACGGUCCGCAGGAUAAAAGAAACCGCGGAGAAGCCGUCAGCCGGUCAGGCAGACGUGGACAAGGAAGAAGAGGCGGGCGAGGGCAUGCUCACGGCAGAGGAGGAAGCGGAGCUGGCGGAGCUCAUGGAUGAUUAA